AUGCGAUUCUGGUCCUGGCUUCGGGGUGAGCCCAGAUGCGAAUACUACUACAAAAAACGUCUUGAGGAGAUUCAAUACCAUAUUGGCUAUGACACCCCAAGAGACCAAAUAAAGAAAUGGAUAAACGAGUACAAUGAAGAGGAAACACUGGGGUUUGCCAUUCUACAGCGCCAGCGUCGUCUAGAGAAUGAGAAACAGAUGGCGGGGGCGCGACAAGAGCAACAGCAAUUCCGGCGACGACGGUGCAAGCAGUGCCAGUAUCAGAAGGAGAUGUGCAGUGCCUGCCAUGAAGCGAUGCAGACAGCAGAUGUCCCGCCGCCCUACUUGAGCCGAUGCCCAGAGGAUCUCGAACUAAAUCUGGCCAAGCUGCGCGAAGAGCUUUGGAAGAGUAGGGCUCGCUUGGAGGCAAUAAGCCAAAAGCUCACGGAUAGUAGGAGUUGGUGGGCCUUAUAUGCUAUGGUUCCACGCUGGCGUCGAAACGACGCUGGCCGGACGUUCAAGUGGGUUGAAGGCCGGAUGAGUUGUGCUGAUCGGGGAGGUUGCUGUGGCCGUACCUGUGGAUGCUGCGAGGAGGUUCUGUUGGAAUAUCAACGGCCAAAGUGGAGGGACUCGGGAAAGAUAGUUAUUAUGGCUGAGGCGGUAGAUGCCGACGCCACACUUUCGUUUUGGCAGAAGCUAGACCCCAGCCACGCUAGGUGGCUGUUCCUCGCGUUCAUCGUGGUCGUGAUUUGCCACGUCGUUUCCGGUGCGGUGAGGCUCUAUUUAGAGCUAUUGAUCAAGCGCCACCACAUCGAGAAGCUAAGUGCAAUGGCCCCAUCACGGUGGCGUGACGUGGAAAUGGGACGUUUUAAGUCUUUAGAUAUCGCCUUGACGAAUACGACACGACGAGUUUUAUAG